GUCUGAUUCUGGGCAGUCAAUGAUUGAUAAAAAUAAUCUUUUAGCUUUGGGAGAAAAAUAAAAGCUCAGGCUUUUAUACAGAGAGAGAGAGAGAGAGAGAGAGAGAGAAUUGAAAAGAGAACCAGAGAGAGAGAGAGAGAGAGAGAGAGAGAGAGAGAGGUGUGAAAGGCAGGUGAUGGAGGACAGAGAAAAAGAAAGAGAGGUAAUAAUACUUAAUUAGUAAAAAAUGAAAUGGGUAUUGUUUCUGGGUUUGGGAAUCAGUUGAAAGACAGUGAAGAAAGCCUGCAAGAGAAUCCAACCCCUAAACAUGGUAAUGCUUAGGAACUGACCAUCCUUAUUAUUAAGAUUUAAGGUUCACCUUCUCCUUUUCCUUUCUCUGUAACCAAACAAAAUAUGUAUCCUUAAACUUAUACCUAAGCUUAGCUAGCCUGCCAAUUCAAGCUUUUUCUUUCACUUUUUCCUUUUUCUGCAUCUCCACCACAACCACCACCACUAACCCACCUAGCCACUCGAUAUUCUUACAACAGAUCACAUACAUAAAAGAAGAAGAAGAGGGCCUCAGAUGCAAUUAGGUACAGCUGGUGAAAUUGGGUUGUGCAGUUUUGUAUUUUGCAUGGGGACCUGUGGGGUUAUAUGAUUUAAAUCUUGAAUAACUACUGCUCCAAGAAAUUAGAGAGAGAGAGAGGCUCUACCCAGAAACAGAAGAGGGUGCAAAAGAAAGAGAUUUCAUCUUGUUUUCAAGGAAACUUUAUCUGGAAUGGAUUACUGGAAGAGAAAAAGCUCAGUAAGCUUCAAGAAAAAACCAGCUGCUGCUCCAUUUCACUGUCUCUCCUUCAUCCUUUUCUUCUCAUUUUGUGCACUCUUUACUGUCAUCACUUCUACUGCUACUUGUCUUGUCAUAAGGUGUCCAUUUUCUAGUAGCAGUAGGCCUGAUUUCUACCUUCAGGAUUUUGAGGAAAGAAGAGACAGAGAAAAUAUGGGGGUUUCCUUGAUUACGACAAGGAGAAUUCUUAGUGGGCCUGGGUCAUCACCGCCGCGCUGCAUAUCAAAGUGUGGGAGCUGCACCCCGUGCAAGCCAGUGCACGUGCCGGUGCCGCCAGGAACUCCGGUGACAACUGAAUAUUAUCCAGAAGCUUGGCGGUGCAAAUGUGGCAACAAGUUGUACAUGCCAUAAUGCAUGAGGGUUCAUUUUGAUUUAUUGGUCAAAAAGGUUAAAUUCUCUAUUUGAUGACUUGCCACUGUGGUGGCGGUGACUAUGAAAAAGAAAAUGUUGCCAAGUUCUUAAUUUAUUAGGGUGAUGAAUGUGAAGAAGAACAAGAAGCAAAAGAAGAAGAGAAAUAUGAAAUAUAGGGUUUUAACUUAGUGUGUAUAGAGAAUACACUUUUUAACAUUCACUUAUAUUUAAGUAAUGCAAAAUAUUAGUUAAUUAUCAUAUUCA